CACGGUCCAGCUUGUCUCAGCACGGGCGAAUCCUUUCCCCCUACCCUCCCUGGCCUGCUUCAACCAUUAGGAAGGGAAUUAUUUCGAGACUGCAAAUGACUGAUCCGGGGGAAUUCAACAGACCGCUCACAUUUGACAUGGAUUAUCAGGAACUAGAAGAUAUGGACAAUGAAAUAAGCAGGUGCUCCAAUGGUGUGGAGGUGGGCAUAGACGCAGUGAAACCAGAACCAGAAAUUCAAAUAGAGGUUGAGGAUGUGUCAAGUCUUUCACCCGAAACCAAGGAAAUCAACAUAGACCCUCAUUCAAUUUUAACAGAGGCCACCCUGUUACCAGUACCCCCAAAUGAGCCCCCCACCUCCCCAGGAUCUCCCCCAGAGACUAGCCCCAAGACCAGCCACAAGGUAUUAACAGCAAUCCCUCAAACCCAGCCCCGGAAAGACACAGCAAAACUACAAAACCUCACCUUCAAACCCAGCCAUACGAGUGCCUUUGUAGAAGUGCCCAAACAUGCCAGCCUAGGUAAUGACUGGAAUCUUGAAGACCUUAGUGCGGUUAUCGCCUCUAUUUUAGGCACCCCAAACCUUCCAGUUGCUCCAAUCAUCCAAGAAGCAGAAGAAAUUCAACCGGACAGGCAAACUAAAGCUUUCAUUCCAGACCCAAAAGUCUCAAACGCCAUGUCUACAAGCUUCCCAGAUCUGUGCUUGGACAUUUUAGGGACAGGUACGAUUGAAAACAUGGAACAAAAAGGGAACAUGAAAGAUGGUGGAACGUUUCUAGAUUCACACACGGGAAGCGAGGAGAUUCUUUCACCCCAGCAAGUUGAGGAAGACCUUGAGAAGUCUCUGAUAGAGGCAGGUGAGGAUGUCAGUGAAAGGGGAAUGGGAGAUGGAGAUACUUUCACUGAAGCAACUGAAGACAUCUUACAGCUAUCUCAAGAAGAGGUGGGAACACUGCUUGACAAUGAUAUAGGGGAAGUGCUGAAUCUAAUCGAAGCAGGGCUUGAAUUAUCGAUACAGGAUGUCUUAUCCAGUUCCAUAGAGAAGAAGCGCGAACCCAGAGAGAGUUUUGGACAAAGAGUGUUCGAAGCAGGGAAAUCAGAAAUUGCAAAUCCUUUAAAUACCUGCGGUGAAGAUCUGUCCGGGGUGACGGUCUUUUGGCCUCCUCCUGGAGUAACCAGAGCAGGCCCUACAGGAGAAGAGUCCUCGCUUACAAGUCUGGUGGAACCCGAAAAUGUGGUAACUCCAACCGCGCCUGAAACAACAACUGGACAGGGAAGUGAUGAUGUUGAAGAUCUAAGCAAUGUAGAAUGCAUGAAGGACGAGCACUUGGAUUUAGGUAAAGACGUCCAGGAGAUGACAACGGCCAGGCAACCCAUGCUUUUCACAGGCAUUGACGUUCCUGUAACCCCUGAGACAAGCGGUUCACCAGAAGGUUGUUUGAGCGAUUUGGAGACUCUGAGAGCCAGCCAAAUACUUCCUGCUCAAUCCCAAAGCGAGAGCUGGGCCCUAGAGUCUCCUGGAUAUAGGGAAGACACCCAAGAGUUUGUAAUUGCGAGGAAACGUGGUUGCGGUGACCGGGAGGUAGUUUCUAAACUGGAGACUCCGCCACCAUCGCCACCACCACCAUCACCACUACCACUGUUCAGGGAGGUGGAUGAGAGACUUAACCUAGUUCUCAACUGCUCCUUCGCCUGUUGGUCUUUGGCGAUCCUCAUGUCUGUGGGCUUCUAUCAACCUACUGUCUUCCUGAUAGUGGGGAUUUACCUUUUGUGCCUCUGCUUCUGAAGGAAGAUGCCUGUACCUGUGUUUGCUAUUGCUGCUGUUUCCAUACAGAAGCUACAGGUGUGAUAAUACAAACUUCACAACCCCAUCAAGUGUGUUUCCUGUUACUGCUUCUUAAGAACGGGUAACCAGUGCUUAAUCUGUGCCAUGGCUCUGAAAUGCAUGCUGUCUGAGAAUUUAGCAUUUCCAGUCAGGCUUACCAUAAUGCACCAACGGUAUCUUAAAAUCCUCAACACUGUGUUAUCGCUUCGGUAAAUUCUUGUGUGCGCUAAAGACAGAGCCAGAGCCAGUCCCCUGCCAGGGACUUUCACGUUCGUUUUUGGUAGAGUGCCAUGGGAGCAGCUGCCCAUUCUGCGGGCUGUAAUAACAGAGGUGAUGCAUCUCAACGCAGGCAAUGAUGAGAGCGCAAGCCCAGGCAAAGGUAUACGGGUCUAUAGCUGGAGAAUAUAUCCAGAAGCUAAAAAAUAGGCUGAAAUUACUGCCAUAUUUUAAUUUAUUUAUUUAUUUAUUUUGUCCUGCGGUUCUUUUUAAAUAUUUUUUCUGUGUAUACUACUACUUCGUAUAUGAUGUGGAAUACAUGAAUGUAAACUUAUGACACUAGUACAGUAAAGUCAAGUAAACUUGCUAUGAUUUUGAAGGUGCGGUUCAUAAGAACGGUAUUAUUGUCACUGCUUACACCCUGGCACAUCUCUCUGUACAAAUUAAGCACUGCAGUCAACCCUUAAAGCUCUUAGUAAUAGCCCCAAUAAAAACCUAGUUUGGCAAUUUCCUUUGUUAUACCUUGGUAAGGACUGUCCUAUGUAUUUCAAUGGGCUAUGUGACAUAGCAGUGGCAUCACCAGGGUUCUGUAUUAACCUUGAUGGCCAUUGAAGAAUCACAAUAUGGCACACCAGUGUGUUUGUGUCAUUGUAUGAUGUCACCACUUCUCAUCUCUUGCUUCACAAUACACCCAAGGUGUGACAGUAUCCAACGACCACACCGUGUUAGCCUGGGUUCCAGUAAACUUUGUCAAUUCGCUAUCAAAAAUAUGGAAGAAAAUGAAAACGGAACUGUAUUUGUCUUAUCGAAGCCAGUGAUAUUUGUUUCAUCAAAUAAUUGCACUGAAAUAAUCCAGUGCACAUUACAUUUGACAGCUGAAAAUAGUUCCCAAUAUAAUGGCCUAUUGAAUGCAAUAGAUUUCAUUUUACUAUCCAUUCUUGGACUAUCUCUUGUAGUUUCUGCGUUAGGUGCUGAAUUGACAUGAUGUUUCAGUGAGGAGCCCCCAUCUGCGCAAGUUUACCACUGUAAUUUUGCAGUUUUACCAUAGUUUACCAUGGUUUAGUUUUCUUGCAAUAUUAUUUUCAUCAUAAUCACACUUGUUUCGAUAUUGUUUAAAAACAUAUCACCGGUCAUAAAUCAGUUUUUCAGCAGUUUUAUUUGUUUCGUCUCGGUUAUGUUUUGGGUCAAAAUGUCAAAAUGGGCUGCUAAAAUCCAACCUUUUCAAAUUGGAAAUAUUUCAUUGGUCCUGCCUGCUCGCUCUCUGCACAAGUCUGUGAAGAAAGUGAAUAAAAUCCAUGUAUUCCAGAAUAUACCUAGACUGCACUUCUAC